CGGGGCGUGGCCCCGCGGGUGCGGGGACUAGCCUUUAUAAGAGGGGCUUUGCCGGUUUCAUUUCAACUUGGUCGCGACCGGGAGCUGCGGCGGGGAGCCUAGGCUGCGCCAGCUUACAUAUGACCAUGAGUCUGCAAAUGAUUGUUGAGAAUGUAAAAUUGGCUCGUGAAUAUGCACUGCUGGGGAACUAUGAUUCUGCAAUGGUCUACUAUCAGGGAGUUCUUGACCAAAUGAACAAGUACCUGUACUCAGUCAAAGAUACACACCUCCGGCAGAAAUGGCAACAGGUUUGGCAGGAAAUAAAUGUGGAAGCUAAGCAAGUUAAGGAUAUCAUGAAAACCCUCGAGAGCUUUCAACUGGGCAUGACUUCUUUGCAAGCUGCACAGCAUGAACUUCCAGGUGCUGACGGGGAAGGCUGGUCCUUGCCUGUACCUGUUGAGAGAAGACCCUUACCAGGACCUAGGAAACGCCAGUCUUCUCAGCACAGUGACCCUAAACCACAUAGUAACCGGCCAGGCACAGUCGUCAGAGCUCAUCGGCCAUCUCCGCAGAAUCUUCACAAUGACAGAGGGAAAGCUGUUCGUAGCCGUGAAAAGAAAGAACAGAAUAAGGGAAAAGAGGAAAAGAACAAAUUACCUGCUGCAGUUACAGAACCAGAGGCAAAUAAGUUUGAUGGCACUGGGUAUGACAAGGACUUAGUAGAAGCUUUGGAAAGAGAUAUAAUUUCUCAGAAUCCCAAUGUUCGGUGGUAUGAUAUUGCUGAUUUAGUAGAAGCCAAAAAGUUGCUUCAGGAAGCAGUGGUGUUACCAAUGUGGAUGCCAGAAUUCUUUAAGGGCAUUAGGAGACCAUGGAAAGGUGUGCUGAUGGUUGGCCCACCUGGCACCGGAAAGACCCUUCUUGCUAAAGCAGUUGCCACAGAAUGCAAGACAACAUUCUUCAAUGUCUCUUCAUCCACUCUGACUUCCAAAUACAGAGGAGAGUCUGAGAAGCUCGUCCGGCUUCUGUUUGAAAUGGCUCGGUUUUACUCUCCAGCUACCAUAUUUAUUGAUGAGAUAGAUUCCAUUUGCAGCCGCCGAGGAACUUCUGAAGAGCAUGAAGCCAGCCGAAGGAUGAAAGCUGAGCUGCUGGUUCAAAUGGAUGGUGUUGGAGGUGCCUCAGAGAACGAUGACCCUUCCAAAAUGGUUAUGGUUCUGGCGGCUACUAAUUUCCCAUGGGACAUAGAUGAGGCUUUAAGGCGUCGUCUGGAGAAAAGAAUCUAUAUUCCAUUACCAUCGGCAAAAGGCAGGGAAGAACUGUUAAGAAUAAGUCUACGAGAGCUGGAAUUGGCUGAUGAUGUUAACCUUGCGAGCAUAGCAGAAAACAUGGAAGGCUACUCGGGUGCAGACAUUACCAAUGUAUGCAGGGAUGCAUCCUUGAUGGCCAUGAGACGACGUAUUGAGGGUCUAACCCCAGAAGAAAUUCGGAACCUUUCAAGAGAAGAAAUGCAUAUGCCUACCACAAUGGAGGAUUUUGAAAUGGCUUUAAAGAAGAUUUCUAAAUCAGUAUCAGCUGCAGAUAUUGAAAGAUACGAGAAAUGGAUAGUUGAGUUUGGAUCAUGCUAGCUAUGUUCUCACAUGUAAGCUGUGAGGAAUCUGCCUUAAGUCUUUGAAAAAUAAUUAAAUGUAGAAUUUCAGUGCAUUGAGUGCUAUAUUUUUUUAAACUUUCAUAAUGGUGUGAUUUGAAAAUUCUUAUUGGUUCUGAAUAAAGACUAUUUUUAAGCUGC